UUAAUCAUAGUCCAGUUUCCAUGGAUAUGAAACAAUUAGAAAUUAAUUAUACAAUUAGUAAACAAUAGUACAAAUCAACAGUUUAAAUAUAGAAUACAAAACUAUGUGUGAGAAAAAUAAUGAAGAAACCUGUUCAACAGGAAUGAAUUAUAAAUGUUAUGGGCCAGGGAUUGAUGCGAAAGCAGAUCAAGUUGAGGGAACAUACAAUCCAGGCAAUGACUGGAGUCAACAAAUGUACAGAGUUAAAGAAUAUGGAAUUCCCUCAACAGGUCAUUUACAUCCACCAACUGUUAGGCCACCCCCAUCAUUUGUAGAGCCAUUAUUUGUGGAAUUACCAAAUAAAUUUGUUAAAGAUCUUUACAUCAAAUACCCAUUUUUAAUCCCAAAAGGUAUUAAUCCAGAUGAUCAUGACAGAGUUGCUCAGAGAUCAUUCACAGGCGAUUUUGAUGAUUUGACAACUUAUCAAGUAGAUUUUGGAAAUAAAGGUUUCCCCGAGCCUCCAGAAUUAGUGGAAGCUAAAGGUCUAGCACUGCCAGAACCUGACAAACCAUCAUUCAGAUUGCCAGGUGUACCUUACAUGCCUCUGUGCCGAAGACCUUUACCUGAUACGGAAGCUGUUGAUUUAAAAGCAAAAAAAGAAGCAAAGAAAGCAUCAGAGAAAAUACUAAAAAAAACUCUAUCAAUCCCAAAAAAGAUAUCAGAAUAUGAAGAUAAUUAUAAUACAUUAGCCAGAUAUUGGAAAAAUCAUGGCUUAUACACGGCCCCAAACUUUUUUAUCUCCCAUAAGAGCACCCUACCGCAAGAUUGAAACAAAUUUUAUAUUAAACUAUAAAAAAUUAUUUUUAUGUAGA